UGCGUGUGUGUGUGCGCGUGUCUGUCUGUGUGUGUGUUUGCGUGUGUGUGUGUGCGUGUGUUUGUCUGCUGCACGGCGACACUCUGCUGCUCUCUCUGCUCUUUUACUUGAUAUGAUGGUGCGUUGAAUGACCGGCUGCAUGGUGACGAUUUUUCUGUAAACACAUCGAGGAGGAGGAAAGUUACUCCCAAGGAACGACACUGCCACGGAGAGAAAAGUGAAGGAGGCCACAGGAUGAAGUCCAAAGGCAAGGCUGUGAAACCAUCCAGGAGGACCUGGUCUGACCCUGAGCCAGAACUAGAACCAGACACAGAACCAGGUUCCAGUGAGCAGGAGGGCUCGGAUGCCUCAGUCCGGAUCGGUGGCUCCUGGAGGGGGUCGCUGAGGGGUGGGGACGGCAAGCGGAAAAAAGGUGGAGGCCGGAGGCGCAGGCAGCACGGCUCCAGCAACAAGGAACGCAGCGUCCGGCGACUAGAGAGCAACGAGAGGGAACGCACGCGCAUGCACAAACUCAACAACGCCUUUCAGGCGCUGCGCGAGGCCAUCCCCCAUGUCAACACAGACAAGAAGCUGUCCAAGAUCGAGACACUCACCCUGGCAAAGAAUUACAUCAAAGCCUUAACCACCGUCGUCGUGGACAUGUCAGGGGACUGCCUGCCUGCCGGCGGGGUCCCGUCGGAGGCCAGCGCUGCCAAGCUGCUCCAGUGCUACCAGAAGCACCUGAAGGACGAUGGGGAGGAUGAUCUCACCCAGUACCUCACCAACAUGCACAGCUUCAGCCAGCGUAGCUAACAGUGGCUGCAAAGUGGUUCAGAGACCAGGAGGCUGUCUCCAAGGCAGAGGGAGCGAGAGAGAGAGAGAGAGAGAGGGGUGUGUGGGGUGAGUUUUAGGGACACAUCUCAAACCAUAUCCAGUUCCUUCCGGUGCACUGCUCUGGGAUCUGCUCAGAGGUGGUUCUCUGCAGGAAAUGGGUGCUGUUCCAGGUCAUGGACCUCUGGCAUUGAACCCAUGCUUGGCCAUAGCCAGAGAGAGUCUAGACUAGAACUUCAUGCAAGGUAUGAAAUGAUUUGAGCACGAUUCACCCAGCAGACAAAAAGACUGCAGACUGGACGGUGAAAAGCAGAUGGAUGUCGGUUAUGAAGAGUGAGAAGACGUUAUUGUUAUUGUACACUGGGCUAAUCUUUCACCAUUGUGUCUGUUUAUUUCUCAUCGCCUACGGUUUGAGCCAGGGCAGAAACUUGUUCUCUUUUGUGUUAUCUUGUGAUCUUCUGUGUGUUUUCUGUUGAGAAACCUGCUGAGCCUAUAGCCUCUAGUCAUAACUGUCACAUCACGGGGGAAAAGAAAGACAAGUGGCAGGCCUGAACACUGAAAUGUUGAAGCACGAACAAUCGACCAAUUUCAGAACACGCGUCUUCUUACCCACAGCUGGAGGGCAAAGAUGAUAUUUAAAGUGUGUGUUAUUUUCAUGUUCCGUGUCUCCAGGUGGUGAAAAAGAUCAGGAGUUGGGGAGUUAUUAUCAAUAAACACAUUUAUUUAUUGA